CAUGCACAAUCUGGCCACGCCCAAGAACGGAGAGCCCAUCAUUGCCGCCACGCAAGAUUUCAUCACUGCGGCUUACCUGCUCAGUGGCAAGGACGUGUUCUUCGACCGCAAGACAUUUACCUAUGUGUGCAUGAUGAUGAUGGUUGAUGGCCAGACGCACCUCGACCUGCCACCACCCGCCAUCUGGAAGCCGCAGCGGCUCUGGACUGGCAAACAAGUCUUCAGUGUUCUCAUGCGGCCGAACCACGACUCACCGGUCAAGGUCAACCUGGACGCAAAGUGCAGAGAAUAUGUCCCUCCCAAGGAUCCCGGCCCCGGCCAGCUCAAGCGGACUCCCGACAUGUGUCCCAAGGACGGUUGGCUUGUUGUGCGAAACUCGGUCGUCAUGUGCGGUCGUAUGGACAAGUCGACUGUUGGUUCCGGCAAGAAAGAUUCGAUCUUCUACGUCAUCCUCAGAGAUUUCGGACCUGAGGCCGCCGUCGUAGCGAUGAACCGGCUUGCUAAGCUCUGCGCACGCAUGCUCACCAAUCGUGGAUUCUCGAUCGGUAUUGGAGAUGUCUUCCCGUCGGCUGCAUUGACCGCUAGGAAACACGAGCUUGUCACUGAAGCAUACGAGAAGUCCGACGAGUUCAUAGAGCAGUUCAACUCUCGCAAGCUGCAAAAGGCUGCUGGUUGUAGCAUGGAAGAGACGCUCGAGAACAAGAUCUCUGGAACUUUGAGCAAAGUUCGACAAGAGGCCGGAGAGUACUGUAUCCAGACACUUAGCCACAACAACGCGCCUUGGGUGAUGGCUUCGUCCGGUUCCAAAGGUUCAAACAUCAACGUGGCACAAAUGGUUGCUGUCGUCGGUCAGCAGAUUAUCGGAGGAUCCCGUGUCGCGGAUGGUUUCCAGGACCGCACACUCCCUCAUUUCCACAAGAACACCAGGCAAGCUCCGGCAAAGGGUUUCGUCAGGAACAGUUUCUACACUGGUCUAUUGCCCACCGAAUUCCUUUUCCACGCCAUUUCAGGACGUGAAGGUCUGGUCGAUACAGCUGUCAAGACUGCCGAGACUGGAUACAUGUCUCGGCGUCUGAUGAAGUCGCUCGAGGAUUUAUCAACACAGUACGACGACACUGUCAGGACUUCUGCCGGUGGUGUUGUGCAGUUCCAGUUUGGUGCAGAUAACCUCGAUCCCGUGGAUAUGGAGGGCACAGCAGUCCCUGUAAACUUUGGAAGAACAUGGUCUCAUGCAGAAAACUUGACCUGGAGCAACACUGACAGGGCUCUGCUUCCCUUUGAGAUCCUGGAGCUGUGUGACAGCAUCCUGGCGAAGGAGAGAAAACGGUACGAGCGCAAGGGUCUGCUGAAGGGUGAGCUCCUUGGCUACGAUGAUCAGAGCGACUAUGCCGUCGACGAGCAUGAGAGCGGGCGUGAUUUCUUGCGGACGAUCGACGCCCACGUCAUGGGCUUGGCGAAUAAGAUGGCCAAGUUUCGCAUAGCGGCAGGCCUCGAUGGGCUACUUAGCAAGCCGUCGGGCUCGCUAAAGGCAAUUCUGAAGAAAGAAGAGGCCUCCCUGGGCAAGCACGCUUCCGAGAGAGUUGCCAAGGUUUCGGCGAAGACGUUGACUCGAUUCAUCGAGAUGUGUCUUGAGAAGUACAGUCGAGCUCGGACCGAGCCUGGGCACGCUGUUGGUGCUGUCGGCGCGCAAUCCAUCGGUGAGCCUGGUACGCAGAUGACGCUGAAGACUUUCCAUUUUGCUGGUGUCGCAGGCAUGAGUAUCACUCAGGGUGUGCCCCGUAUCAAGGAAAUCAUCAAUGCCUCCAAGUCUAUCAGCACCCCCGUCAUCACCUGUCCACUCGAGAACAACAGACAGAUAGAGGCUGCCCACGUGGUUCGUGCGCGGAUUGAGAAGACUUUCAUCGAGGACGUCCUCCGCUACAUCGAUGAUGAGUGGUCGCCUCAUCGCUCGUUCCUCACGUUGCACAUCAAUACCGAAACACUCGAAGGCAUGCACCUGGGAGUCAGCAUCUACGACAUCAAGGAGUCCAUUCUUAAGCAGAAGAAGCUCAAGCUAGCCGCCGAGGAUAUUGAAGUCUUUGAGCAGGAUGCCACCAUUGAGAUCACGGUCAAGGACCCGAGCAUUGAGGCCUUGGCCAGCAAGCGUGUGCCUCGAAGCAAGGCAGCGAUUGCCGAGCAGAUGUCCGACAUGCUUGUCCGUGCUGGACACCUCAAGCGGGUGCUCCCUCAUGUUCCCAUCUCAGGAUACCCGGAAGCCACACGUGCCAUCAUCCAGACCACCGAGGAGAAGGGCAAGGGCCCCGACAGCAAGAUGUCAUAUGUUCACGCCGUGCUGGUCGAAGGAUACGGUCUACGCUCUUGCAUGAACACAGAAGGCGUGGUUGGCACCAAGGUCCGGUCCAACAGCGUCAUGGAGUGCCGCGACGUUCUAGGCAUCGAGGCUGCGCGUACCACUAUUGCGGACGAGAUCGGCGCCGUCAUGGGCGAAAUGGGCAUUGAUCCCCGACACAUGCAGCUGCUGGCCGACGUCAUGACGUUCAAGGGCGAGGUCCUCGGCAUUACGCGGUUCGGUUUGUCCAAGAUGCGCGACAGCGUCCUGCAGCUCGCGUCGUUCGAGAAGACGCCCGAUCACCUCUUUGACGCCGCCGCCGGCAUGAAGGCCGACAAGAUCGAGGGUGUCUCGGAGAAGAUCAUCAUGGGUCAAACCAUGACCGUCGGUACUGGCGCGUUCCAGGUGGUGCGCCGGCUCGGCCUCAAGGACGAGGACGUCGAGAAGCGCUCGACUCCGUUUGAGGAUGCCUGGGCCGAGGAGGCCGAAUUGCUCAAGGCUGCGAGGAAGGCACGCAACAAGGCAGCACAGUAGGCACAGAGCCUUGGCUGCAGGCGUCUCUUCUAAAGAAGUACAAAGACUCAUGUUGUGACCAGGAACAUCUCUUGAGCUGUAAUGUGCUGAAAUUCAUGGGUGGUGGCGGCGGCGCCUUCUCUUUUGCAUGUACGGAUUCUUUCUUGCGUGGCGUUUUUCGUUUGGGACCUGUGCAAAUAUAUAUACCUAGCAUACAACCAUGAAAACAAGCAUUCAUCAAGAUCA